AUGAAGCAGACCAUCCAGUGCCUACAGGACCAGCUCAACCUGAUCACCAUGGAAACGCAGCAGGAUUACACGGACCUGCGCUCUGCCUCUAAAGCUCUGAAGAAACCUCUGCAGAAGAUCCAGGAGAACGUCAGCAGCGGCUGCAGUACAGUAGAGCGUCAGGCCUCCUCUCAGGUGGAGCUCCUCUCCUCCACCUCCUCCUCUCUCGCCUCCUCUCUACGUCUCGGUGCUGAUGAGAGCCAGCGGACUCUGGAGGAGAUGAAGGGAUGCUGCUCUCACCUCCACAGCUCUGUGUCAGCUCUGGUGGAUCGUAGCCUCCAGUGGAGCUCCAGAGUCGGCCAGCAGGCUGAGAGUCGAGCCCAGGAAGAGAUCACUCUGCUGGGGGAGAUUUCCACCGAAGCUGCCGUCCUGAAACAGAGCGUGGAGACUCUUUGCUCCGAGCAGCUCCGAGUGACCGAGGAGGAAGUGACCGACCGGCGGCAGGAAGUGAGCCAGGCGGUGACGGACGUGAAGAACCAGACGUCUGUGAACCGGACCGUUCUGGACCAGCAGCAGGCGGAGCUGCACACUAACAUCCACACCUGCCAGCAGCUGGUGCACUGCUUCCUGCAGGAGGAGCUGCAGGAGGACGUUCCCACCGGUACCACCCCUCAGCGUAGGGAGUUUGUGUAUCCGGGGAAGGUCUCCAAGUCGCGGAGCCGCAGCGAGCUACUAGAAGGCCUGAGGAGGAAACAGGAAGAGCUGCUGGCUGCCAUGGAGGAAGAGGACGUGGAAGAGGAAGAGGAGGAUGAAGAGGAAGACAAACACAGCCAGUGCUCUCUGGAGGAAGAGCUGAGCACCUGUAAUGACAGCGUGGCAACAGAGCCGUCCUUCAUCGAUGAGAACCUCGUCUUCAACGAGAGCAAACGAGUUCCUUUCUUCAAGCAGAAGAAAGGAGGAAAGGAGUCAAAGAUUCCCGGCCGGCCGAAAGUUCACGAGAACGAAGCGUCGUCAACGCCUCAGAAGUCCCGACUGCCGCUCCGCUGUCAGAACCACUUAUAACAUUUAUUCCUUUAAAAUCAACAUUAUUAUUACUGUGGUGUUUUAUCUGUAUUCUAACUGUUAGUAUGUUGUCUAAUG